AGAUCCUGUGUUUCCUGUGGAGAGGGUAGAAAUAGUCUUGGAAGAAUGGUACAUAACGUUCAAACAGCAUGGCUUUGAGCUGAGGCACACAGAAUUCCCAAAGUUUUAUACAUCCUCCGCACUAUUAAUUACAGCUUAAAGCGUUCGGAGGAGAGGAAAGACAAGACAACGUGUGUUGUGCGUUGGAACAGGACUUUAUGGGACUUAGGUUCAAUGAAAUUAUCGACUCAAGGCACCUCGAACCAGGUUUGUGAGUUUAUUUUUCAUUCACCUUAACCCUGUCUGUUUGUUAAAGCACAGUAUGCGAAAGAACGAAUUAGAUUUCGCUAUAACAUAAAUGCCCUAAACAUUUUAAACCAUUAAAUAAUUAUGCAAUAUAUAGGCUAGUGGCGUUUUACACGUCCAUCAAAGAGGUAGGGGUUCCACUUACUCUUAUGAGCCAGCGUGGCAACUGAUUUAUUUUUGUUUUAAGCAGUCUGAUUAAACGCGAGUAUUUUUGCUCUCCUUCUACCUAUUCCCCGAAAAGGCUCUCCGAAAAGUAGGCGGUAAUUGUCGGUGGAAGAUGGCGAUCAGCGAUUAGUUGCCAAAGGAAUGCGUUCGAUUGGAGGGGCACCUGGGAUUGAUGAGGAGCAGCGGCCAAUGAGAGCGCGUCAAAUGAAUGACCGGGCUCCAGUUAAAGGGGGCGUAAGAGGAGGUAGUGUCAGUCCACUGAGAAAGAGGGACCCUCCGAGAUAAACAUAGACAAGCGAAAGAAAUAAACAUUCCAAUUCGAGAUGCUUCAAGAGCAAGGAAGACUCAGUAAGAUAAUACCUCGCAUUUCCAUGUAAUCCGAAAAUAACGACAUCGACUCAGUUUAAAAGGAACAGCGCAAAGGAUUUUUUUUUUCAUUUCGUUUCGUUGGGUUUUUUGUUUUGAGUGUUAUGUUAUAGAAAAGACAUAGUCUAACUUAAUACGCAAGUAUUUUUACCGAUGAGCGGAUCGAACUUAAUCGCCUCAUGUGUGUUCUCAAAUCUGGAAGUUAAUAUUCCCGAAGCGCAUUCGAUUUUAUUUGGUUAUAUGUUUUGUUGAAGCGACGUGCAUAGACUGCUUGAAAGAGAAUUGGUUUUGCUCAACGAAAGCAUGUUACUGGACGCUGGGCAUCAGUUCCCUGGUUUGGGAGUGGGCACCUUUGCCAGGCAUCAUCACUCCUCCAGUGAGAUGCAGGAAAGAGACUUGAGUUUAGCGCAGAACAGCUUCGUAGACUCGGCGCACAUGGGCGCCUUCAAACUGAACCACGAUCUCUCGCCCGGACAGAGUUCUGCAUUCACGAGCCAAGCGCCCGGUUAUCCCGCCUCGGCUCUGGGCGCGCACGCGGCUCAUGUCACAUCAUACGCGAGCUCGCCGUUUAACUCCACGCGGGACUUUCUCUUUCGCAGCCGUGGAUUCGGGGAAUCAACACCGGCGGGAGGCCAGCACGCACUCAUCGGCCCCACUGCCGGCUCGCUCCAUCACUCUCACACAGACAGCCAGGGCCACAUUCUGUUCCCUGGCAUCCACGAGCAGCAUGGAUCUCACGGCUCCCCAAAUGUGCUCAACGGGCAGAUGCGACUCGGACUACCGGGGGAGGUUUUCGGGCGAUCAGACCAGUACCAUCAGGUCUCCAGCCCUAGGACUGACCCUUACUCAGCCGCUCAGCUGCACAACCAGUACGGCUCCAUGAAUAUGAACAUGGGGAUGAAUAUGGCAGCGCAUCACCAUCACCCCGGUGCCUUCUUUCGCUACAUGAGACAGCAAUGUAUUAAGCAAGAGCUCAUCUGUAAGUGGAUCGAUCCGGAGCAGCUCAGCAAUCCGAAGAAGAGUUGCAAUAAAACUUUCAGCACCAUGCAUGAGCUGGUCACCCACGUCUCGGUCGAGCACAUCGGAGGACCCGAACAGAGCAACCACGUCUGCUUUUGGGAAGAGUGUCCCCGGGAAAGCAAGCCUUUUAAAGCCAAAUAUAAACUGGUCAAUCACAUACGCGUGCAUACGGGAGAAAAACCUUUCCCCUGCCCGUUCCCUGGAUGUGGCAAAGUCUUCGCAAGAUCAGAAAACCUGAAGAUACACAAGAGAACACACACAGGGGAGAAACCAUUUCAGUGUGAGUAUGAGGGAUGUGAUCGGCGCUUCGCGAACAGCAGUGACCGAAAGAAGCACAUGCACGUUCACACGUCAGACAAACCUUAUCUUUGCAAAAUGUGUGACAAGUCCUACACUCAUCCCAGCUCUCUUCGAAAGCAUAUGAAGGUUCACGAGGCAUCCCCAGCUGGAUCUGACUCGUCGCCAGCGGCAAGUUCUGGUUAUGAGUCCUCAACACCCCCUGGUCUGGUGUCCCCCUCCACUGAGACCCAAAGCAACAACAAUCUGUCACCUUCAUCAGCGGUCCACAGUUCCAACAACCACAGCAGUUUAUCGUCCAAUUUCAGUGAAUGGUAUGUUUAAGACUGUGCCAUCCCAGGAGGAAUCAUUUCAGAAAUCCAGGAGAUCCAUAUACACAUAUGUACAAAACGAACGCUCCUAUAUUACGCGCUUGUCCAGCAGGAUUAACAUUCCCACGUCGACAGAAGAAAAGUGCGCAAAAGCACUAAACACCCUCUUUUUGUACAUACUACGCGCUCUCUUUCCCAAUGGUUGUAAUAGAUUUUUGUCGGUUUUUUGGUGUAUAGAUGUUCCUUCAAUGGUAGCUAUUUCUCUAACUGGACUUUUUAGUGCACAUAUUACAAUAAAGUUGCAUUAUCAUAAUGAAUAUUGUGAUCCCAUUAUGGCAAACUGAUUGUAAACUAAACAACUAUUAACUGGAAAGAGUGCCAAAGUCAACAUUUAACGAAGAAAGACACAAUAUUUGCUUGUGAAUGUAUAUCUUAGUUUGCUGGGCUUAACUUGUGAUGUUUUGUGCUUUGCAAGUUUGAAUUGUGAAAUAUAUUUGGAAGAUGUGGGGCAAAUUAAUGUCGUGCCGUUAAAUACCUGUAACUACACCCUUCUUUUUGUAAAUAUCGACUGCCAUAUUUAUCCAUUUGUAAUUAAAUUAUGGUAUUUACUUGCUACAGAUGAAACAAUAUUUAUAAAGAAUGUUUCUUUACUAUAAAUAUGUACAAUUAUGGGCUGAACAGGGGCAGUUGUUUUGUUAUAUGUGUCUUUGUUCAAAGUUUGAGAAGUGUUUCUCCAUUAUUGUGAUAAAAAUUUUACUGCUACAGAUAUAAUAAAACGUGGUGCAAGUAUACAAUCUUUA